AUGCUUAAAAUAACAAUAUUAGGAUUUUUGUUGUUAGCAGGUGCUAUCUGCUAUAGCUAUUAAGGAUAUAAUGAGACAGAUCCUUAUAGAUGGGGUUUAUACAAACCUUAAUUAAUCCAUGCUAUUAGUUAAAGCACAAAUAACCCACUUGUUGUUAGUCAGGCAUACUUCCGCAAUCACGAGGCUAGCUUGACCCUAAGAUAUUAAUUCCCUAAAAGACGUAGUGACAAGAUCAUUUACAACUACAGAGUUAAUACUGGUGUAGGGAAUUAUGCUUCAUAAGAGGUUUAUGAUCCUUUGCUUGGCGACUUAUAGAUGCUACAAAAUUAUAUCAGAUUAAAUCCUACUGAUUGGAUUGAUACAACAAGAAAUAUCACAUCUAAAUCUAAAUCAUUAAAAAAUAAGCACUUAGAAGUUGGUUUUAUUUACGCUAUUGCUUUUGAGAAUUUUGAACAACCUUAAAAUGGAACAAACAACUCAACUGCCACUAGAUCGUUGCUAAUCAAAAAUAUUACUUAGAACGAAAUAGUUAUUGUUUCUAGCUGUUUGUAGCAUAAAAUAACAAUUAUUGGCAAAAAUUUAGCUGAAAAAAUCUCAUUUAGAGGUAUUGCUUCAGAUGAGAAAGACAAUUGGGAUGUUGAAAGUUUACUUAAAAAAAUUAAAUACAAUUUUAACAAUUCAGUUGAAAACAAUUCCACCAUAAUUUUUGUUAAGACAGCCACUAAGCUUAAUGUCGGAGCUGAAAUAUAAGUUUACUAUACACCUAAUGUUAAUGCACAUUAUAUUUAUAUAGAUGAUCAAUAGAUAACCAACGCAUUAGAUCCAUAUGUUUAAAAGAAUUUCAAUGCAGCAUUUAAUGUUGAAAAUUAAACUUCUACAAACCUAGUUAAGUAGCUUUAAAGUUAGAAUUAAUUUUAGUUGAUUAGAUAUCUUAUCUAAGUAAAUUAAAAAAGAUCUUACUCUCAAUUAGCAUAACAAAGAACUAUAAGUAAAAGUGAGAUGACUUGUGCUACUCAAAGCUUUUACAACUUAAUGGGAGGUAUACAAUACACUUAUGGAAAUCUUUUAUGUGCUUAGGAUGAGGAAAUUUGUUAGGAAUAUUUACCUUUAUUUAGUACAACUCCUUCACGUUUAGGCUUCCCUCGUCCAUUCCUGUGGGAUGAUGGAUUCCAUUAGAUGCUCUCUUGUCAAUGGGACCUAGAUUUUUGCAAAUAAGAUAUUGAAAAGUGGUUUAAUACUAUUUCAUCUUCAGGCUGGAUUCCUAGAGAGUAACCUAGAGGACCAGAAGACCGCUCCUACAUCCCAGGAUUGUAUGAAGAUAAUAAAGAUGGAAACCCUCCUUCUUUCUUGUUUAAUUUGCUUUACAUAUAGAAGUAGGAAGGUUAAGAAGAAUACAUUCAAAAACUCAUUCCUAAAAUUGAAUUAUGGUUUGGCUGGUGGAUGAAUAUUCAAAGUGUGCAACAAGACACAAAUUCUACUUCUUCGGAUUUAUUACUUUUUAAGUGGUGGGGUCCAAAGGAAACCUACAACUUGGGAUCUGGUAUGGAUGACUGGCCAAGAGUUGAAAAUUUCGAUGAAAAAUUAUAUGUUUCUAAAUAUAAUAUUGAUGCCAGCGCAUGGGCUUACUUUUUUAGUUAAUCACUUGCCAUCUUAACUAACAAUUCCACUUACACUGAAACAGCAGAAAAGAUUAAAAAUUCUAUCAAUGAAGUCCUUUUAAACAAAGAAGACUCAAUUUAUUAUGAUAUGCUUUACAAUACUACAGUAAACAAGCAUGGAUAAAAUUUCACUUAAUACCAUUUAUCUACUCAUUUAGGAUAUCCUAACUUCCUUCCAUUGAUGCUAGGUUUAGUCAAUGAUACUAAAAUUUUAGAAAAACAAAUCUUGGCCAUGAUGAACUAAGAUACUUUGUGGACUCCUUAUGGCAUCAGAAGUUUAAGUGAAAAAGAUGAAUACUUUGGAAAAUCAUCCAAUUAUUGGAGAGGACCUAUUUGGAUUAACAUGUAGUACAUGAUUUUAAGAAGCAUGAAGCUUUACUACUGGGAUAGCUCUGAUAUCGUAUAAGAGUUUUACGAAACAUUAAGAUAAAAUGUUAUAUAAACAGUAUGUGGAGAAUUUGAAACAAGAGGAUACUUCUUUGAGCACUUUAACUAAAAGCUUGAUGGUAAAGGAGCUGGAAAUCAUCCAUUCAAUGGAUGGACUAGUUUGAUUACUCUAAUUAUUACUGAGUCAUACAUAUGA